CGGACAGUUUUUCUUCCUCACAUUUUUAACUUUCACUACUUCUGCCACUCUUCCUUGUAUCGUGCUCACUAAUUCCAGAGAGCUUUGCUAUUACUACUGCAACUGCCUAUGGAGGCAGAACGUGGAAAAACAAUAUCCAGUCUCUAGAUUUCCUGGCACCGUCAGUUCACAAAGAUGCACUCGUCAGAGCGAUCCUUCUGAGCAGCAAUAUCUCAUAUAACGAUAUGAAUCUGCAGUUUGGAUGUGGAUUCUUCUGCUAUGGCAGUCCUUGUGACACAGGGUACCUAUUUGCAACUUUCUUUGUUGUACACGACACUGAUGAUAGACCGUUUGACAUGCAAAUGGUGUGGAGUUCAAACAGAGACCAGAUGGUGCAAGAAAACGCAACCCUAACGCUCACCUUCACAGGAGAACUUGUGUUAAGGAAUUUAGAUGGCACUCUCGUUUGGUCUACAAAUACAUCCACCCCAGCUUUUCAAAGGAUGUCCAUAGAAGAAUCUGGGAACCUUGUUCUCUACAACUCCUCUGGUAGAGUCAUCUGGCAGUCUUUUGAUUAUCCAACUGAUACCCUGCUGCGAGGGCAGAAGUUAAAGGUGGGACAGAAGCUUACUGCAAACAUUUCUCCUAAGAAUACAAGCCAAGGUCGUUUCUAUUUAACCUUGCUUCAUGAUGGCUUUGCUAUGUUUACUGCCUCUGCACCGGCUAAAAUAUAUUUCAGAUCUCCCAAGCCACGUACAGGUGUGGAGUUAUCUUAUGCCCAGUUCGACAACCAGUCUAUCAAUAUUUACUCUGAAGAAGGAGGAUCGCCGUCAGUUAAUUUACCAGUACCCAAAAGCAGCCUUUACAAUAAAUUAGAUUGGGAUGCUCAUUUAAGGGUUUGCUCGGUCCAAGAAACAGAAGGAAGAUCUUCCCUUGACUAUGUUCCACCCUUCCUGAAAUCAAUCGCUGAGUGCGAUUAUCCAAGACCAUGCGGAGACUAUGGUGUUUGCACAAAUGGUCAGUGCAGCUGUCAAGGAGAUGACGAUGCUUUUAAGCCGACUGAUGUCUCAGAACCCAAAUCCGGAUGUAUUCCCCGCGUUCCUCUGGUGUGCUCCCAGACUGGUGGAAGCCAAGGUCAUCACUUUUUGGAACUGGAGCACGUUUCCUAUUUUACUUAUGUUUUUGACAAUUCUUCAAUGCCAGGGUUAGCGUCAAGAGAUGAAUGUAAAACACUUUGCCUCGAAAACUGCUCUUGCAAAGCUGCUUUUUUCAGGUACCGGACCAAUUUUUCUAGUGGUUAUUGCUAUCUAGAGUUCAAUAUCUAUUCUAUGAAUACUAACAAUCCAGUCGAAACGUACUACAAUUCCACUGCUUAUAUUAAAAUCCAGUCAAGGGCCAAGCGCAUUAAGUCCUUAUUUGUCGUCAUCAUUUGUGCUUCUGUGGGUGGAACAAUAGCUCUGUUUAUCUUAUUGUGGGCAUGGAUAAGUAAUUCUAGAAAGAGCAGACAUAAGAUAGAAAAGGAUGAAGAUGAAGGUGAGGAUGAUCAUGUGGAUUGGCCGGCAGGCUUACCGUUGCGGUUCUCAUUCGAAGAAUUGCAAGAUUUUACAAACGGCUUUGGCAUUAAGCUGGGUAGCGGUGGAUUCGGUUCAGUUUAUGAAGGUGUUCUGUCUGACGGCUCAAAGAUACCAGUGAAGUGCCUUGACAGAGCAGGACAUGGACAAAAAGGAUUCCGGGCAGAAGUGGAAACGCUAGGGAAGAUUGAUCAUCUUAAUUUGGUAAGACUGAAGGGCUUCUGUGCUCAAAAAUCCCAUCGAAUGCUUGUAUACGAGCAUCUAGCGAAUGGAUCUCUCGAUAAAUGGAUAUUUUCAAACAAGGGCCAUCAAUGUUUUCUGGACUGGAAGAGUAGAUCCAAAGUAGUUCUUGAUAUCGCAAGAGGAUUGACAUAUUUGCAUGAAGAAUGUCAAGAACGUAUAAUACAUUUCGACAUCAAGCCUCAGAACAUUCUCCUGGAUCAAAAUUUCAAUGCCAAGGUCUCAGAUUUUGGUUUGGCAAAGUUGGUUUACAGAGAUCAGAGCGAAGUGAUAACCAUGAUGAGAGGGACACCAGGGUAUAUGGCACCUGAGUUGUUGAAUAUGCGUAUCACUGAGAAGGCAGAUAUAUUUAGCUUUGGCGUUAUGGUGAUAGAAAUUGUAAGUGGAAAACGAAGUAGAGAGCUUUCAGAGGACGGCUUGGUUUCACUGUUACAAGUUAAAGCAGCGGAAGGGAGUUUAAUAGAUUUGGUCUAUCCGGGAAUUGAAAAUGAGGAAACGGGCAUAAUGGAGGAGGCAAUUAAAUUGAUAAAAGUGGGAAUGUGGUGUGUACAGGACAAUUUUAGGAGGCGACCGGCGAUGUCCACAGUGGUGAAGGCAUUGGAGGGUGUAAUAGACACGUUUAAUGAUGUACCACCCUUGUUAGCAGGGUCAACAGUUGCAUCUAAUCAGCAGUCUCUCUUCUCAUCUGAGCUGUCCGUGUUAUCUGGACCCCGAUAAUUUAUUUACUGUAUUUUCUUAUUUUCCUCUACAGGUUUUUCUUACCAAUAAUCUUCCACCAUCUCUAUUUAUCUCUAUUUUGUUCCAAUAUGUUUUAACGUUGAAUAGGUCUUCAUAGUAAGUCUUUAGUCACCCAAUUGCUCUCAUUAGAUAAAAUAGGCUUAUCUGUAACCGUUUAGAGGGUUACACUCUACCUGUAAUCAGGCAAUUGCUAUCAGCCAUGUUUCUUAACAGGGUUCUCCCUCAUUAUCCUCGUUUUGUGUUAUAUGGACAUCGCAUAAUUUGUCUGUAUUUAUUAGUACCCACUUAUAAGA